AUGUUUCCCUUCUCGACCACUCGUCGGCGAUCGGUAUCCUUUCAGAUGACCAUACAGAACCUGUUAGACGAUGCGAUCGAGAAACCACAUAUCCCGUUGGAGACCUUUGUCCCCCGUCAGCGCCUCGUGGAGAUAUGGACGACCGAACGACUCGAGGAAUUCGUGCAGUAUCUAAAGCCAGGGGUAGACCGAACAAGCAUUCCGCUUAUCCAGCGGGAGUUCCUUCAAACAAUCUCUAUUCUUAUGUAUAUUGAGUGGGGUGAAUGGCCUCGCUUCAAUGAGAUCUUCGUCGCGCAUACAGAUAGGGCCGGAAGACGCGAUCGCACGGAUUUGCAUAUCCCCCAAUACACCUUGGCUGUCUUGCAGCAGGAUAACUUUCUCGGUCGAAGAGCUGGAGUGAAAUUUCUGAACGCCCAAUAUACCUUCUGCCCGAUUGACAUCGAAAAGGGAGCCAACCUGAUCCGAUCCAAAGAAUGGAGGCUCCCCUUUCUCGAAACGGGCUCUGAGAUCCUCGGUAGGGGAGGAUUUGGACAUGUCACGAAGGAGGAGAUCCCGAAAAGCCAUUUCUUAAUAUCGAAGGGCGUUUUCUCCCAGACCAACCUUGUCGUGGCUAGAAAGGUCUUCCAAUCCAGGGGGGAUUUCCAUCGCGAGAUUCGAAUUCUCAAUGAGAUCCGGAGUAGCCUUUCCCAGCAUGACCGCGUGGCGCUUCACCUCUCAACAGUGACGGUCGGAGACGAGUUCCAUAUCCUGUCGCCCGUCGCCGACAUGGACCUGGAGAAGUUCCUGAAUGGUGGCCACCUCCCCCCAGAUGAUUUCACCAUGGCGGAACUGAUGCAGGAAGCUGCCAAGCUGGCCGGGGCAUUGGAUAUCUUGCACGACCAUCUCCAGGGCGAGCACCCGCGUCGCUUUUGCCAUCGAGACCUGAAGCCCGCCAACAUCCUCGUCUUUCUCGAUCGCGAUUCCCUGGAUUUCCCUCGGGUCGGAAAAUGGAAGAUUACAGACUUUGGUCUUUCCGUCAUCAACUCCCAGGAACGGCCGAUCCCCAUGGAAGAGUUCGUCACUCAGACCGACAACCAGCAGGUGUGGGUGGAAGGGGCCUACCAGGCUCCUGAGGUGUUUCAACGGACUGCAUCAGGCCGGCGAAGCGACAUCUGGUCUUUCGGAUGUAUCUUGGUUCGCAUACUUGCUUUUAAGCUAGACGGAAUCCAGGGACUCCGUAGGUUAGAUGAACGUCGUGGUAAAGCCGCUGACGGGGUAUCGAACUACGUGGAUGAUUACUUCAACCGAGGAGAGCCCCGUAUCCUGAACCCUCAUAUUGAAGAGUGGAUCAACGGGCUUCCCAAUCGAUGUGAAGAGUACAGUGAGGGAUUCAAGGAAGGCUGUCGGAAAAUCCUGCUGAAGAUGCUGAAGAUCGACAAGGAGGAGCGACCAACGGCCAGCGAGGUUGCAUUUGAACUGCAAGGCCUGCAGCAAUUGAGCCUUGUACUUCGCCCACGAGACGACUCGAUAUCGGUGCAUACUUCAGGCAGUUCGACGUUGCCGCCUCGCUCGUCCGUUUCCGAUCCGCCAUCGUGGCCCCAGUCUUCCGGCUCUAAUUUGCGAUCUUGCUUCACGUCUUCGCCGGAGCAUCUUGUCAGCGAGAUUGAGAAUCACCACGAAGCAGGGGUGCAGGUGAUCCUAAACGGUCAUGUUGACGUCGAGAGAAAUGUCAGGAAUGACAGGCCACUAAUCCACGCAAUCAACCAUGACUUCCCGGAGGGGGUGGAUCAGCUGCUUCGAUAUCGACAAGGCGUCAACAUAGAGAAGCGGGACAGUAAAGGCAACACACCGCUUGGGCUCGCGGUGAAACAAGGAAACCUGCGUAUAGUCAAUCUCCUCCUGAAUGCCGGCGCAUGUGUCAAUGCCGUGUCCCAGCAUGGCAUCACUCCCAUUAUGACCGCUGCGCGCAAUGGGGAUAUAAUAAUUUUCCAAACGCUCUUGGACAGAGGGGCCGAUUGUACGACUUACUCCGAGGUCGGAUUGACAUGUCUCCAUUACGCUACGUACAGCGAGACUGGCGCAGACAUUAUCCGAAUCUUAGUCGCAAAAAAAUUCAACGGCGCUGAUGUUCCUCGAAAAGGAUCGAACGGAGAGAUGCCACUGCUAACUCUCAUCAAGAACUACGCCGAUAGAGACAGCUGGUGGGAGAGAUUCGGAGCUCUGAUUAAUGAUGGGAAAGCCGACGUAAAUCAGGGCGAUGUUCAAGGCGUGACGCCACUCUCUUUGACUGUCGAUGAACAGAACCCGAGGUUGUUUAGGCGACUGAUCCAGCUGGGAGCCUCAAUGGAAGGUAUUGCUAUCCCGAGGUCUCUACGGACAGACAUGGCGGAGGCCGUGCGGUGGGCUCAACAGCAGGAUCAUCAAGGCUCUCGAAGGAGAUCCCGGAGGAUGAGUUCGUUUUUGCGAUGA